AUGUCAGUUAUAACAGAAGAUGUUAAAAUGAAAGCACGUGAAAAAGUGCAAAAAUUAUUAGAGACUAUGUGUCAUAUUCCAGUUAAGCCGCAAACACCAAUUGAUUGGUAUUAUAAAUCAUCACAAUAUUUAUUAGAUCAAGCUGAAGUCCACUAUAAAGAUGGUCGAUUGGAAGAAAGUUUCAUAUUAUAUUCACGAUACAUCAUUCUGCAUGUUGAAGAAUUGAAAAAACAUCAUCCAGAUUAUCUUUUGGUAUCAGGUGUAGAAAAAGCACGUGCUAAUGAGUUAAUCAAAACGGCAUUUCUGCGUGCUGAAGAACUUAAACAAAAAGUUAGACAAAAAUAUGAACAGAAUAUUAGUCGUUCAGAGGAAGAAAUCAAACGACAAGAAUCUUCUACUUAUAGCGAAACUACUGCCACCACAAAAUCGAAAGACAUGCAUAAUGAAAAUGAACUUGAAUUUCAAAAAAUUAAAGCGAAUUAUGUUUACUCCCAACCGGGAUUAAAAGUAGAAAAUGCGCCUAUUGUGCCGGCCACGGAUAGUGCUCAAUCUCAGAUUAAACAAGAUCUGAGUAGGAAGCCAACAAUUGAUCGUGCAACAAAACCAAAUUUCUCUGCAAAUUAUUCCAAUUUGACUUCCUGUCGUCGUGUUAUGAUACCAUCAGAUAUAACCAAAAUAUUUUUGGAUGUUGCACAACGAAAUACCAUACGAAGUAUUGAAACAUGUGGAAUUCUGGCGGGAUCAAAGAAAGAUGAUCGAUAUGUUAUUACCCAUAUUGUUGUUCCAAAACAGAAUGGGGGACCGGACUCAUGUGAUACUGAAAAAGAAGAAGAAAUGAUUGAAUAUAUCACGGGCAAUGAUUUAAUUACAUUAGGAUGGAUUCAUACACAUCCCACACAAACAGCGUUUCUAUCAAGUGUCGAUUUGCACACUCAUUUACCAUAUCAAAUGUUAUUAUCAGAAGCAAUAGCCAUUGUCAUAAGUCCAAAAUUCGAUGAAACUGGUGUAUUUUCACUGACAAACGAUCGUGGCAUUCCGGUCAUAUCAACGUGCAAUAAGACCGGAUUUCACGAGCAUGUGAACAUUCCACCAUUGUAUCAGCAUAUUGGUUUAUUAUAUUACUUAAAUAAAAAAUCAUUGAAAUCAUGUAGUGAAUGUUAUUUAAUCAAAAUGAAACAAAUGCAAUUAUAUAAUGUUUCAUAUUCAACUUUACUCUAUCAACAACAGUCUAUACCGUCAACAAUCAAUGUUAGAAGUCCGUUUUUAAUUGAUGAUAAAAUCAAUCUUAUUAAAAUAUUGCGUUUCAAUACAAUAUUACCUUAUUUUCAUACGAAGAAACUAUCUGAUUCUAUGUGUAUUGGACUUGAUGUUAAAGAUAAAUUAAACAAUAAAAAUGGCAUUCUAUAUGUGAAGGAAAAAAUAACAAAUAAAAACAUUAUUUUACUUAUGAUUAAUGGAAGUGAAGUCUUUAUAUCUGAUUGUCUAGAUCAUUAUUGGUUUUACUGGCCUAUUAUUAUUGAUGUACUCAAUUAUUUAUCAUAUAAUAGAUAUAAUCAUGGUUUAAAUCGAUAUAUACAGAUCGACAUUGAUGAUAUUUUUCUUGGCUCAGUUGGAUCAAGACUAAAAUCAAGUGAUAUUGAAGCAUUAGUUCAAUCACAGAAAUUUAUCCAAAAAUAUAUCAACAACUUCCAGUUUCGACUUGGUUAUUGCGGAUGGUAUUUUCAACGUGGCACUAAAGAAGAGAAUGAUGCUGAUCGUUUAUUGAUAGAGUACAAAAAUGAAUUUGUAUGGUUUCAUCAUACUUGGAAACAUUUAAAAUUGAAUAAAAUUAUUGAUAAACGUCAACUAAUUGAUUCAACCGAGAGAAACGUUGAAUUUUCACGUAAAUAUCGUCUUCCUCUCGAUCCUUCGUAUACAAUUGGUCCACAUCAUAGUGGAAUUUACCCCAUAAAUCCGAUAGUCUACGAUGUAUGGAAAAAUAUUUAUGGAUGGAAUGUAACAAGUACAGAAAACUAUCCCUAUCAUUAUCCGUCACAGCAGCAUCGAGGUUUCAUUUAUCAAGGAAUUCAAGUUCUUCCAAGACAAACAUGUGGCUUGUUUACAAACACACUAUUCUACGAUCAAUAUCCUAAUGGGAGUCAUCGUUUAGAACGAAAUCUAAUGGGUGGGCAGUUAUUUAGAGCAAUGUUAACAAAACCGAUUUCUAUCUUUAUGACUCACCAGAUGAAUUAUGGUUACGAUCGUUUAGCAAAUUAUUUAUUCUCUAAACUUAUUUAUCAUAUUUCAAAUUGGACAAAUAUACGUUUACAAUCAGUAACAUCGAACGAAUUAGCUCAAAAGUAUUUCAGUCAAUAUUAUCCAAAUGAUCGUGAACCUGUUUUCACCAAUCCAUGCGAUGACAAUAUAUUAUUGAAGUUAUGGUCACAUGAACGUACAGCAUGUAACAUAUUUCCAAAAUUUAUUAUUGUCGGUCCUCAAAAAACCGGGUCGACUGCUUUACACGCAAUGCUUUUGCGUCAUCCAAGUUUGCGUUCAACCAAGGCAUCACUCACAACAUUUGAAGAGCAUGAAGUAGCUCGAAAUCAGCAAAAAAUCACCUUUGAUAAUUUAUUACAAAGCAAUAAAGUUGAUCAAUUAAAAAAACGUUGUUUAAAUCCUGGACAUUAUGACGUACAUCUAAACAGUUGGUUGACAUAUUUCACUCCAAAACAGAUUUAUAUUGUCGAUGGAGAGGCAUUUCGAGAGAAUCCUCAGCCAAUUAUUGAUGAUAUACAAAAGAACUUUUUAAACCUUUCGAUCAUAGUAAACUCAUCAUCAAUGGUUGGUUAUAGCAAAAAAAAACAGUUUUUUUGUCCAAAAACAUUGGAUGAUCGAUUAAAAUGUCUGGGUCCAAACAAAGGACGUUCAUAUCCAUCGAUGGGGAACAAUGUGAGAAAAUGGCUUGACAACUAUUAUUAUCGUUCAAACAAAAAUUUAAUUCAUUUACUUCGUCGAUAUAACUACACAAUUCCAACGUGGCUGUUAGUUAAACAAUAG